AGCAAGGAAUCCAGACGAAUCUUUGACUGUGUACGCCCCUUUGGAAGAAUCGGAUCCCUCUGCUGGUUGUUUCUCCCUUAUAGCCGUUUCUGAAGCAGUGUUUCUCUGCAGCUUGUAUGACCAGCUUUCUUGCCUGGUGGCACUUGCACCAAGGCGCCGCGCAGGGCCGCACGUCUGCUUCUCGGGCUUCGGCAGCGGAUGUUGCCCCGGGUGGAUGCUGUCACCAGGCAGCGGGCAGUGCACGCUGCCACUCUGCUCCUUCGGCUGCGGCAGUGGCUUGUGUAUCGCCCCUAACCUCUGCUCCUGCCCGGAUGGAGAGCAAGGCAUCACUUGCCCAGAGCCCCCCGGGACGUGCGGGGAGUACGGCUGCGACCUCUCCUGUAACCAUGGUGGGUGCCGAGAGGUGGCCCGCGUCUGCCCCCUUGGCUUCUCUAUGGCGGAGACGGCCAACGGCAUCCGUUGCACCGACAUCGACGAAUGCCUGAGCGCUGCCUGCGAAGGGCUCUGCGUCAACACCGAGGGCGGCUUCGUCUGCGAGUGCGGCCCUGGCAUGCAGCUCUCCGCCGACCGCCACAGCUGCCAGGAUACAGACGAGUGCCUGGCGACGCCGUGCCAGCAUCGCUGCAAGAACAGCAUCGGCAGCUACCGCUGCUCCUGCCGGCCUGGCUACCACCUCCAUGGUAACAGGCACUCCUGCGUGGACGUCAACGAGUGCCGGCGGCCAGGAGAGAGACGGGCCUGCCAGCACGCCUGCCACAACACGCCAGGCAGCUAUCUGUGCUCCUGCCGCCCUGGGUACCGCCUCGGCGGGGACAGGGUGUCCUGCGAAGGCUUCCCCAAAUCCAUCCUGGCCCCGUCCCCCAUCCUGCAGUCCCUGCAGCACCCACCCACUCUCCUCCUGCUCCCUCCUGGCCCUGAGGGCCCCCUCCCGGUCCCCAGGGGCUCCCCCUCUCCCCAUCUCCCAGCCCCAGCUCCGGGCACCCAAACCCCUUCCUCCCCUGCCGCCCCCUCAUCCUCAGCUGCCCUGCUGCCACUGCGUACGGAGGGAGCUCCUGGCACCCCUGUGCCAUCACCCGCCCUGCCAGGCCCUGGCUGCUGGUCCCGGGGAGCCCCUUGGGAGCAUGGCGCCCACUGGACAGAGCCGGGCUGCCUGAGCUGCACCUGCCAGAGAGGGCAAGUGCUCUGUGAGCCCCCAAGCUGCCCUGUGGCCUGCUCCCACCCGCUGCCUGCCCCGGACGAGGGGUGCUGCCCCAGCUGCACAGGCUGUCUGCACGAGGGGGUGGCCCGGGCUGAGGGCGAUGUCUUCUCCCUGCCAGAUGGGAACUGCACCAUCUGUGUGUGCCUGGCCCCUCAAGCUGCAUGUGGACCUGAUGGGAUGGACCAGGCUGGGCUACAAGGGUUUAUCCAGCGCCCAGCUUGUGCCACCUCUGCGGCAAUGGGCUGGGACACGUGGGAUGCUGGGGCAGACCCCAUCCCUGACAUAACGUCAUUCUCCCAUCACGGGAAAGGGGGGCAUCACCAGCCUGCUUGGCCCCGUGGCCAUGAAGUAAUGGCCCUGGCUGCUGCGCUGUCUCCUCCUCAGGCUGGCAACAUCUCCUGCAUCUCCCCGGAGUGCCCUCCGGGUCCCUGCCCCAGCACCUCGACGGCCGACUGCUGCUCCUGCCAGCCAGCAAAAUGCAACUUUCAUGGCCGCACGUACAUGCACGGAGCCCGGUUCAGCUUGGAUGGGGAUGACUGCACCACCUGCAUCUGCCGGAGCGGCGAGGUGGAGUGCUCCUUCGCCCCGUGCCCUGCGCUGGACUGCCCUCAGCACGAGUGGCACCUGGGCCCUGGGCAGUGCUGCUUUGCCUGCCGGGACCCCCCGCCCCCCUCAGGUUGUUUUGUGGAUGACAACGGGGUUGAGUUUCCUGUUGGACAGAUCUGGUCUCCGGGCGAUCCCUGUGAGUUAUGCAUCUGCCAGGCAGACGGCUCCGUGAGCUGCAAGCGGACAGACUGCAUGGAGACGUGUCCCUACCCCAUCCAGAUCCCCGGGCAGUGCUGCCCCGACUGCUCAGCAGGCUGCACCUACAUGGGAAGGAUCUUUUACAACAAUGAGACAUUCCCAUCUGUCCUGGACCCUUGUCUAAGCUGCAUCUGCCUGCUGGGCUCGGUGGCCUGCUCACCCGUGGACUGUGCCAUCUUCUGCACGUACCCAUUCCACCCAGAAGGGGAGUGCUGCCCCAUCUGCAAUGAUUGCAACUACGAGGGCAGGAAAGUGGUGAACGGCCAGACAUUCAGCCCUGAGGGCGAGCCCUGCACCCGCUGCACGUGCCAACUUGGGGAGGUGAGCUGCGAGAAGAGGCUGUGUCCCCACUCCUGCACAGAGCCCUCUGUGCUCCCAGCCACCUGCUGCCUGCCCUGCCAAGCAGCAGACGCCCGGGUCCCGCUGCAGAGCAGCAACCCAUCCCCAUCCCCUGAAGACUCGCCUGCCCGCACCCAACAUCCCAGUGUCCUGCCAUCCACCGGCUUCCUGCGCCACCUGGCCCAGCUUCUGCUCCGUGCCAGCCCACCUCCUCCGGAUGCUCGGUGCCUUGACACAGUGGCCGAUGGCCCCUCUCUGGGCAGCACGGUGCCUGGUGCGUCCCCUCCGACUGGGCCGAGGGGGCCGUUGGCAGCCCUUCUGCCCACUGCCAUCCCUGAACCUGCUGGCUUCCUUGGCACUGCAGCUCCCGGGGGCAGCCCCAGCUCCAACCCCAAGGCUCAGGGACCUCCUGAGGACGUGGACCCCUCAGCUGUGCUUCCAUCCAGCAGGGAGCACCCUGGGGGGCGUGUGGCUCCCUAGAGUGCCGGCUGCUGCACAUGCCUGGUGCAGUGUGAGGAGGAGGAGGAGGCCUGCAGGACCAGCAGGCCUGGCCUGAUGGGCCUCCGGGGGGUGGGUGGGUAGCUGGGGCGCUGAGGCGUGUGGGUCUCCACACUUAGCACACAGGGAGGGUGAGGGUCCUUGCUCCCCACUCCCAUGCCAUGGGCACAGCACCUCUUGCUGAGGUGCAGAGGGUGUGCAGACCCCCGGGGACCUCAGGUGCCGCAGUCCCCCACCUCCCUGCUGCACUGAUAUGCAGGUGGCUGUGGGGCGGGAGAGGGCCUGAAUGCUUCCCCUGGCCAGGUUGGUGCAGGCUCGGGAGGUGGGAGAUGCCUCUGGCUGGGGGCAACGUCAAGCUGGGUGCCCCAUACCAACCCCCAGGCACUGUGAUCUCCCAGGUCCUCAGUGGUCACCCUUGCCCCCAUGGUGGGCAAGGGGGCGGGCUGGCUUUCCUCCCCCUGAUGGCCAAGCAUGGGCCUGGGCCCUGGCUCCCCUUGCAGCACCAAUAAAGUGGCCCUGAUAUUUA